AGGGCAUUGUUAGGUCUGGAGAAAGUGUAUGAAGGAUCGCAACGUACGAUGUAACAAGGAUCCUUGUAAAACACUAGUACUUAGCUGCUAACCCCAACAUGGCUGGAAAAAAAACUAGGAUUAUGAGCUUAAGUAGGGUACUGCAAUCAGCAAUUUUGAAAUUAGUCAAAAACUCUGUGGAAACUUAGGAAUAUCAUUAGUAUAAUUCUCUGAAAAGUAUGUCAUAUUCUACGUCAGCAAACACCAGUUUUCUUAUCGCUUCUGGAGCUUUGCGGUAAAUACUAUGGAACUCUAUGUAUUUAUGUUCAUUAUGAAGUUUAUUUAUUGUGUAACGCACGUAGCAAUGUUCUGCAAGUAUUCCUUUAUGUUUUUGUGGGUGAUGACUAUCGAAGGAGGUGCAAUAUCUAAUCAUGAUACGAGUCAUAAGAGUUUAGUGAACAAAUGUUGUCCCUUGAAUCAGUAUGUCGGUAAAAGAAAAAUGUGUGUGCUUUCUGAAGAAAUCUACAAUUUCUCAAGCAUAGAAGUGUAUGACAAUAAUAUGAACAAGAUGGAUAAAAGUUUCGAUGAAAUACUCACAUUCGCACCGGAGAAAUUUGCGGAUGAGUUCUUUAAAAGUGAAUCAGUCGAUAUAACGUUGUUGAAUUAUAGGACUUAUGUUUUGCUUUACGGAGACCUUAAAUUGGAGGUACCGAAUGCGUACCAUCGUUGGACCUAUGUGCCCAAAGCCAACUACUGUAUUGACUACAGCGUGAUAAGUGAGCCGUCUAUAAGCUACUGGUUUUAUACGUCUGAUCAGGAGACUGAAGAGACCGAAAACCAGUACGAAAUUUUGGAGUUCGUUAAAUAUGGAAUAAUGGUGUCAUGUUUCUUCAUGCUCUUGGUCCUGAUAGUAUACUGCCUGCUGCCAGAGCUGCGGAACCUGGGCGGGAUGAUCCUGAUGGCGACCAUUUCCAGUCUCUUACUGGCCUUCUUAUUCCUUCUCAGCAUUACAAUAACAGACCACUCGAUACAAGGUUGCAUCGGGCUAACUUUGGUGACUUAUUACUUCUUCCUCAGUAGCUUCAGUUGGAUGACAGUAAUGUCCUUUGAUAUUUGGUGGACAUUUCGAGGGUAUUCAAAAGCCCGUCCGAUCCAUCGUAGUAAUAACUUCAAGUUCCUUACAUAUUGCCUCUACGCGUAUGGGGUGCCUCUUGUGUUGACAAUCUUCAUGGCAGUUCUCAACUCUCUUGAUUUGAGUCACCUGCCUUGGUUGAUCACCCCUCACAUACCAAACAGUGAAUGUUUUAUUGGCGGUGGCUACAAGUUCCUUUACUUGUACAUUCCGAUGUUGAUCCUGAUUAUUUGCAACUGGCUGUUCUACCUCAUGACUGCGUUGAACAUGUGGCAGUCGAGUCGCGGCAAUGCUGUGUUGGAAAACGUAGCGGCUGGCAACCAACGAGCUCAUCAGAGGCAAAGGAACAGGUUUAUGCUCUACUUGAAGUUGUCAGUUGUGAUGGGACUUAUGUACGUGUUUGAAAUAAUCAGUUUUCGAUUCCCCGGUUACAAGAUUUGGUACAUCAUUGACGCCUACAACAUCCUCAUUGGUUUCGCCUUAUUUCUCAUAUUUGUCUGCAAGAGAAAGAUUCUUAGGAAGUUAUGGAAAAGAUUUACAGAAAAAAGCAUUGCGAAGUCUUACAUUUCGAAGAGUUAUUCAAGUAGCUCAUCGGGUUCCAAGCAAGAUGGCGCAGCGUUACCGCUUAGAGUUUGCGAAAGUCCAUCGGGAACGAUUGGAUUUCGAUAAGCUUCGACACGGGAAUAAAUAAGGAUGCCUUAAGGAUGCCUGCCGCCGCUUCAAUUAAUAUGAAUACAAUUGUGGAAACUUAACAGUGCAAACUUCGUUUUAUUUACAUUCAGCUAUCAAAAUAUGUCAAAAGACGAAUAGCCUAUUACCUAUUUGUAAAGGUGUCGAUUCGCACGCUAAUACUUAAAUAAGAUGUGUGCGAAUCGACUACAGUUUUUUUUUAAGGAGUUGAUACGAAU